GCAUGGACCCGCGGCGCCCUCCGCCGCGCGGGGGCGCCAACGGCGGCGGGCUCUCCUACUCGACGCUCUUCAACCUCGAGCCUUUGCUGAACUUUAAGGUUCCGUUGCCGGAGGAUCUUGACCGCCAUAGGCGUCGUAGUCCAAAUGGGAGUAUGAGUAGCCAAGGACAAGGGUCCUUGUCAGAUCAGUAUAACGGUAUUAGUGAUGCUUCCCAUGGGUUAAAUCGAAAGCGCAAACAUCAUCUAGAUGGUGCUAGCGAUGAUGAUGACACAGAUGCCUAUAGUAACCAAAUAACUGAGGAGCACUACCGUACAAUGCUGAGUGAACAUGUUCAGAAGUACAGAAGGUCUAAGUUUAAGGAGGAUGUUUUUGGUUCUGAUCCUCCUCAGGCAAUAGUUCCCCGGAAACACAAAAAUGGUACUGCGAGAGUUACAAAGUGCAGAAGUGAUACAAGGAAUGUUGCAACAUUGGGUGGGGCAGAAGCCACGGCCGAGUAUAAUGGGAUGAAAUAUAUCAAUGCACAUGGUGGUUUCAAUAAGCUUGUAGCUUCACUGGAUUCUUCCUAUUUAGAUAUGGGAGAUAAUGUAAGUUACAUAAUCCCAGAAGGUUACGAUAAGUUGGCACCAUCCCUUAAUCUGCCUGUUUUUUCUGAUAUACGUGUGGAGGAAAAUUUCUUGAAUAGCACACUAGAUUUACGAACUUUAGCGGCAAUGCUCAGUACGGACCAAAAAUUUGAGACAACCAAUCGUGGUGGAUUAGCCGAGCCUCAGCCACAAUACGAGUCACUCCAGGAAAGGGUAAAGGUGCAGAAGUUUGCUCUUCAAGUAACUGAGGACCCCUUCGCAAUUCCAGAAGGAGCAGCUGGGAGGAUACGGAGGUUUAUUAUUUCGGAAUCUGGCAGUUUGGAUGUUCACUAUGUUAAGGUCUUGGAAAAAGGAGACACAUAUGAGAUUAUUGAGCGUAGUUUGCCAAAGAAGCAAAUAGUAAGAAAGGAUCCUUCUGAAAUUGCAAGAGAAGAUUCAGAAAAAACUAUUAAACUUUGGCAUGCUAUUGCUGUUAAAGGCAUUCCAAGGCAUCACAGGAAUUUCAUGGCUUUACUGAAGAAACGUCAAGUAGAUGCCAAACGCUUCUCUGACAAUUGCCAACGAGAGGUAAAGCUCAAAGUAAGCAGGUCACUGAAACUGAUGAGGGGUGCUGCCAUACGUACACGGAGGCUGGCUAGGGAUAUGUUGAUAUUUUGGAAGCGAGUAGACAAGGAGCAGUAUGAAUUGAGGAAAAGAGAAGAAAGGGAGGCAGCUGAAGCUUUGAAGCGUGAAGAGGAGCUACGUGAAGCAAAAAGACAGCAACAGAGGCUCAAUUUUCUCCUAUCCCAAACUGAGCUUUAUAGCCACUUUAUGCAAAAUAAGGCUAGUGAAUCAGCAUCACCAGAUGAGGGAUCUGUCCCUGAGCCAGAUGAAGAAGAUCCUGAGGAAGCUGAAUUAAAGAGAGAGGCCUUGAGAGCUGCACAACAUGCUGUCUCCCAACAGAAAAGGAUGACAAAUGCGUUUGACAGUGAAAUUGGCAGGCUCCAUCAAUCAUCUGACUCUGGUAUUGCAACAGAUGAUUUAUCUACUGUGGAACCUAACAAGAUCGAUCUAUUACACCCCUCAACAAUGCCUGAGAAGUCGUCUGUGCAGACACCAGAGUUAUUUAAAGGUGCACUAAAAGAAUAUCAGCUAAAAGGUUUACAGUGGCUGGUUAAUUGUUAUGAGCAGGGACUAAAUGGUAUUCUUGCUGAUGAGAUGGGUCUUGGCAAAACCGUCCAGGCUAUGGCAUUCUUAGCCCAUUUGGCUGAGGACAAAAACAUAUGGGGUCCCUUUCUAGUUGUUGCUCCUGCAUCUGUUGUGAAUAAUUGGGCUGAAGAGGUGAUCAGAUUUUGCCCUGAUCUAAAGAUACUUCCCUAUUGGGGACCUGAAAGGAUGGUUCUUCGGAAGAACAUCAACCCCAAACGCCUUUAUCGAAGAGAUGCUAGUUUCCACAUUCUUAUUACAAAUUAUCAGAUACUUGUGAAUGAAGAGAAGCUUUUGCGGCGUGUUAAGUGGCAAUACAUGGUUUUGGAUGAGGCUCAGGCUAUUAAAAGUUCAAGCAGCCAGCGGUGGAAGACGUUACUGAGUUUUAACUGUCGAAAUCGCUUGCUUCUCACCGGAACACCUAUACAGAACAACAUGGCUGAGUUAUGGGCGCUUCUUCAUUUCAUCAUGCCUACUUUGUUUGACAGCCAUGAACAGUUCAAUGAGUGGUUCUCAAAAGGAAUUGAGGGUCAUGCUGAACAUGGAGGUGCUUUGAAUGAGCAUCAGCUUAGUCGACUGCAUGCUAUACUAAAGCCCUUCAUGCUCCGUCGAGUUAAGAUUGAUGUCAUUGCGGAAAUGACCAAAAAGAAAGAAGAGAUUGUGCCUUGCAGACUAAGUUCUCGCCAGCAAGUCUUUUAUCAAGCCAUAAAGAAUAAGAUAUCUCUUAACGAGUUGCUUGAUGGAAGUCGUGGCAGUCUAAAUGAUAAGAAAUUACUUAGCCUGAUGAAUAUUGUGAUGCAGCUACGAAAGGUCUGCAAUCAUCCAGAGUUGUUUGAGCGUAAUGAGGGGAGCUCUUACUUUUACUUUGCUGACAUCCCGAACUCACUUCUUUCUCCUGCGUUUGGCGAAUUGCAAGAUGUGCAUUAUGCAGGCAAGAGGAAUCCCAUAAUGUUUGAGAUUCCGAAGUUAGUCUAUGAAGGAAUUAUCUCAAACAUGGAAAUGACUCUGCAUGGUUGUGGAUUUCCAUGCGGAUCUUUCAACAGGAUGUUUAAUAUAUUUUCAACAAGUUACAUCCAUCAAUCAGCUUUUCCAGAAGCUAUUUCACCAAAAAAUGCUGUCCUGUCAUCUGGUGCAUUUGGUUUUACACGUUUAAUAAAUUUGUCCCCACUUGAAACUUCUUUUCUGGCCACAUGCUCGUCAUUCCACAGACUAGUGUUCUCAGCAGUGCGAUGGAACAAGAAAUACAUGGAUGAGCUUGUGGAUGCAUUCCUUGAUUCAGAAAGUACUGACCUCGACUCCACUCAUAAUGAUGUAACAAAAGUUCGUGCUGUUGCUCGCUUGUUGCUGUCACCUACAAAAGCAGAUUCCAGUUUGCUAAGAACAAAGAUGGAGACAGGCCCGAGUGAUAGCCCAUAUGAAACGCUAGUGCUUUCUCACCAUGAAAGGCUUGUGUCAAACAUAAGACUUCUUCGUUCAACAUAUGCUUUUAUUCCACCUGCUAGAGCACCACCGAUAAAUGUGUGGUGUGCAGAUCGAAAUUUUGCCUACAAGUUAACUGAUGAGAUGCAUGAUCCAUGGGCCAAGAAACUAUUUGUGGGAUUUGCUCGUACCUCUGAGUUCAAUGGCCCUAGAGAACCAAUCAGCCCUCAUCCUCUGAUACAAGAAUUACAUACUGAUUUGCCAUGCCCUGAGCCGAUGCUACAACUACCUUAUAGGAUAUUUGGGUCAUCUCCGCCUAUGAGUAAUUUUGAUCCAGCUAAAAUGCUUACAGAUUCUGGGAAGCUCCAAACCUUAGAUACUCUACUGCGGCGCCUCCGAGCUGAGAAUCAUCGUGUGCUCCUAUUUGCUCAGAUGACUAAAAUGCUGGAUAUUCUUGAGGACUACAUGAACUUCAGAAAAUUCAAGUAUUUCAGACUUGAUGGGUCUUCGGCAAUUUCUGAUCGACGGGACAUGGUCCGAGACUUCCAGAAUAGGAAUGAUGUAUUUGUUUUCUUGCUAAGCACGAGAGCUGGGGGCUUGGGUAUUAAUUUGACUGCUGCUGAUACAGUUAUAUUUUAUGAAAUUGAUUGGAAUCCAACACAGGACCAGCAAGCAAUGGAUAGAACACACAGACUUGGUCAGACAAAGGAGGUAACUGUGUAUAGACUUAUAUGCAAAGACACAAUAGAGGAGAAGAUAUUGCAAAGAGCAAAACAGAAAAAUGCAGUGCAAGAGUUGGUCAUGAAAGGAAAACAUGUCCAGGAUGAUCAUCUGAUGAGACAAGAGGAUGUUGUUUCAUUACUUAUUGAUGACACACAGAUGUCACACAAAUUAAAAGAAAUAUCAAUGCAGGCAAAGGACCGACAAAAAAAGAGGCGUUCAAAGGGCAUCAAGGUUGACAAUGAAGGAGAUUUGAUGCUUGAAGAGUUGGAUGAUCCUACCACAGGGGCUGCAGAACAAGAUAACACAUCAAGCAAAAAGAGAAAAAGUUCGCAAAAGAAGCUUUCAAAGUCACAGGGUAAUGAUAGUGUGGACAAGAAUGUAGAGGCCGAAGGUGUUGGUGAAGCAGAGGAUGAAGACAAUAUUGCUGCUCCAAGGCCUAAAAGAUCGAAGAGACUGAUGAAGAACGUUAAUGACGACAAGGAGUCGGAACCAACGACUGAUGGUGACAAUCUGGCAGAUCCAGCUGAGAAUGACAUAUCUCGUGAUGACGAUGAUACGGCAGAGGCACAAGAUCAAACUCCUUCAGCCUAAUUGACCAACUGACCAAAUGGCACGGCUAGUAUAAUUUAUCGUGCCAAAAAUUAUGACAACGGCAUGGUUCAUUGUCCAGAGGAAUCAUCUCUGGAUCUGUCUGAAGGUGCCACACAGUUCAAUAAGUGUUUAUGUGCACAUCUUUUCCGGAAGCCCGGGAACUAGGUGACUGUAAAUUCGAUAAUGUUAGACGGCAUCAAUGCAGCGGCGAUAUCGGUUGCUGUCUUAAGCGUAACAUGAGCUCCUCCAGCUGUUGCUGCUGCCGCGGAUGUCCGAAUUGUGGAGUCCUGACCGCUGAUAUCUGUGAUGCUGGCCGUGGCCCUUGUGUAAAUAACUGUGAACAAUGUUGCAUCACAUAUAGAAAUAUUUUUGCUGUGUAAAGAGGGUAGGUUACUGUAUUAACCAUAAGUUUUGUAUUGAUAGCUGAAAGAGAACAUAGCAGGAAACAGCUGCUGUGCAUCCAAAUUGAAAACAUUUUCGAUCCUUUGUGAGCGUCUAUGCUGAUCUCUAAUUUGUCACCAACGUAAAUUUGUAUUUAGCAAAAUUGUCUUGGC